UUUGCACUUUAAUUUCAUCAAGUAUUAGUUUUUCAUCAUUUCAUGCUUACCCAAAUGAAUUCCAAACAAUAUCUUCAUAUCAAUGGCUGCUAUAUUGACAUUAAUCUCCUUGCCCCGAACACGAUUACCGAAUCAAACUGUUAUAAGAAGAUCGAGAACAACUAUUGAGCCAAUUCAAAGUUUGUACAUCAACAAAUCAACGAAUAAGCUCUCAAGAUCUCUAGAAUUUGAACCAUUCACCCGGAAGAAGACAAAUCUAAGCUCACAAAUAUUGAGGUUAUCGGCGAAAGACCUUGGUUCAAAAGUUAACCCUUCUUGUUCUCUAGUCGAGACCAUCAAACAUCUCUAUGAAUGCAUCAACGAUAAGAAUUUGAAAGAAUUGGGUGACUUGAUUGCAAGCGAUUGUUUCAUCAAUGAUUAUUCAUUUUUUGCACCUUUUCAAGGUAAAAAGGAGACAAUCCAAUUUUUUGAGCAACUAAUUGGAUGCAUGGGACAAAAUGUUAAGUUCGUUUUGGAUCUUAUAUGCGAAGGAUCAGAUGGCUUUACCAUUGCGGUAAUGUGGCAUUUAGAAUGGAAAAAGAAGAUGAUUCCUUUAACCAAAGCAUGUAGCUUCUACGAGUUUUCAAUGACAAAAGAUUCUAAUCUCGUCCUCAGGAAAGCUCACGUUUUAGUCGAGUCACCCAUCAAACCGGGAGCUCUUGCACUAGGAUUCUUCAUGGCAAUCACAUCACUAUUUGAUGCAUUUCCACAAGCUACACAAUGGUUUCUAGAUAACCCACAUGUUAUGAUGAACAUAAUAGAAAAGAUUUAUAGAGUAACAUUGGGGCCUUUCAUAAGUCCUUUCCUUCAAUACUACCCUAAAGUCAUCAAUUUUGUGACUUUCUUGAUUAACUUCACUCUCAAGAUACUAUUUUUAGUUUCUAAGAUAUUCCCUUUUUAGAUAACUUCAUGAUUCAUUGUAUUUGUUUUCAUGUAAUUGUGUAAUUUCAAAGGUAUA